CCACCAGUUUCCAGUGCGAGAGAAUGUCUCUGCAAGUGAACCUGUCCAGCAAAGAUAUCCGAGAUGCAUAUCUCAAUGUCCUGAACUCUGACGGAAUUGAUUGGGCACUCUUCACAUACGAGGGUGGGACGAAUGAUCUCAAGGUGCAAGGAACCGGAGAUGGUGGUCUCGAGGAGCUCGAAGAAGAAUUUCACGAUGGAAGAAUCCAAUAUGCUUUCGCGCGGGUGUUAGAUCCUAAUAGCAAACUCCCCAAGUUCGUUCAAAUCAACUGGUGUGGGGAUGGAGUUCCCGAGCAGAAGAAAGGGUUGUUCCACACCCACUCCAACGCUGUGGCGAGCUUCCUUCGAGGCACACACGUCGUUUUGAACGCGCGUAACGAGUCGGACGUAUCCUCAUCGCUGAUCAUGUCGCGGGUGGAGGCAGCCUCUGGUGCCAAAUAUUCCACCCACAAAGAACAAGCGCGCAAGUUUGAGCCGAUCGCACCUGUUGGUACCAGUUACAAACCCAUCGGGACUCCGGACAUCGCUGCCCUUCGUAGCGCUCCCACAAAGCCUGCAACUGUUUCCCGACCGGCGUUCGGGGCGAAGCCAGUUGCCUCAGCUGCAUCUCUAUACGGUCGCUCGGUGGAUAAACGAACGACUGCGCCUGAUGAAGACUGGGACUCGCCUGCGGCAGCCCCGUCACCUGUGGUCCCUCCGCCGGCUCCGGUGGUCACUGCACCCCGCCCGCCAGUUGUGACUGCACCGCGUCCUAUUGUGUCUGUCCCGGCGCCAGCGCCUGUCGCCGCCUCUAAUGUGCCUACCAAGCCCGUCGAGGAGGACCGUAUUGCUCCCGUUGGAACCGCAUACACCCCCGUCUCUCUGCCCGCGCCGAGAAAGCUGAAGAAUCCGUUUGCCGCGUAUGAGCAACAACAACAGCAACAACCAGUGUCCACCCCCGUCUCCGCUGCCCCAAAGAAACUGACGUGGAGCGAGCGUCAGGCUGCAGCGAAGAAGCUUGCUGAGGAGGAAGAAAGUCGUAGCAGAGAUGCCUCAGCUUCUCUCAACUCUAGCCCAUCUGUCGCUCGCUCUUUCGCCCCGGUUGCUAUCCCGUCUGCACCGCCGCCUCCAGCUGCGCCUCCAGCUGCUCCAGCUGCGCCUCCAACUGCGCCUCCAGCUGCGCCUCCAGCUGCGCCUCCAUCUGCGCCUCCAUCUGCGCCUCCAGCUGCACCUCCGGCAGCGCCGCCUCCCCCUCCGGCAGCGCCUCCAGCACCUCCAGCCGUUCCUGCCCCGCCGCCUCCGCCGCCUCCGCCCCCGCCUCCUGCGCCUCCCGUAGAACCAGAAUGGGAGGAGGAAGAGCAAGAAUUGGCGCCUCCGCCGCCGCCGCCUCCGCCACCACCUCCGCCUCCGCCGCCCGUUGUCGAAGCUGCUGCUCCUGCUCCUCCACCCCCUCCGCCGCCUCCUCCGCCCCCUGUCGCGUCUGCGGAACCGUCACAUGACCGAGGCCAGUGUGCGAUGGUCAUGUACGAUUACGAGGCCGCUGAGGACAACGAAAUGAGUCUCACUGAGGGAGAAGUGAUUGAGCAGGUGGAAGAAGUCGAUGAAGGCUGGUGGACCGGAAUCGGCGCUGGCGGAAAGACUGGACUUUUCCCCGCGAACUACGUCGAGCUGAUGGCUACUGAGCCUGAAGCGGAGGCCGCUCCUCCACCGCCCCCGCCCCCGCCUCCACCACCGCCUGUGGCUGCGCCUGCACCGCCUCCCCGAGCUCCUACACCUGAGCCCGAGCAAGACGUAGGAGCCAGUGCCGUCGCACUCUACGAUUAUGAUGCGGCCGAGGACAACGAGCUGUCGUUCAAAGAAGGAGAGCUGAUCAUCGAGAUUGAGGCUGCAUCGGAUGACUGGUGGCAAGGCAAGAACAGUGCUGGAGAGAUUGGUUUGUUCCCUGCCAAUUACGUCGAACUGCGCGAGUAAUUACAAAUGAAUGAAUAUGUUCUUUCCUUCUAGAGUCUAGAAUCUGUGAUUUACGUACUGCUCACAUGCCUUGUCAUCGGGCACCAUUUAUAAACAUCGAUCCCCCGCACAAACCCCACACUCUUACCCCGCAUCCCCCACACGCAUACCACGAUGCUCCGCCUUACCCUGCGCGCUCCUCUCAUCCGUGGUGCCGGAAGACGCUUUGCGUCUGGUCAUGGUGCGGAGGAGUAUAAGCGCAUGCCGUUCAACGAAGCUGGCGCCGUCACCCACCCCGCCCGCUUUGCAGUGAAGUGCACCGUCUUCAUGGGCACUGGCCUGGCCAUUCCGUUCGCCGCCGUCGAAUGGCGCAAGAAGUACCGCCCUGUUAGCUAAACUGAAGAACAUUGUAACUGUCGUCAUUGUACAUCAUCAAUUUGAAUAAGAGAUCAUAUCCAACUGGACUGGCUCAGCAAUCGUAGAGCAGACGACAUCGAUCGCAUGAAAUGGGGUUCGCGCAUCAUUCGAGGGCGACGCUUACGAAUGCAGCAUAGCUCACAUCCAUUUCGUGACGAAGUUGGCCUUGCACGGUGGCUGGCGCGUUCUUCUUCGUAUACACCUUGAGUCCCAGGACAACUGUAUCGUUGCUGUACUCCGAGAGGCCCUCGUCUUCUCGCCUGGCACCACCAUGCUCUUCGGCAUCGGCACCGGGGCCAGUGUCCUCUUCCUGAUCGACGCCGAGAUCCUCGUCCGCAAGGGAUAGAGGAGCAUCGAGCGUGGGGUCGGCGUCAACCUCCUCAUCGUCGGCCCAAUUCUCGUCGCCGUCAUCGUCUUCGGCUUCUGCAGUCGCCGGAGCUGCCUUCAUCGUCAUCUCGCGCUUGUAUAGUCCCGUUGGUGGAAAGCCGGUUGUGUUCGAGAGCGAAAACGACUUCUUUUCUCGCACUGGACCCUGUUCGUGGGUCCUCAGAGCUGCUUCUGCUUCCGCAGCCUUGACUUCAAGUUGGGUAAGGUCCUGGCCAGCGAGGACCUCCAGCGGGAUGGGCAAGUUAUCGAGGACGGUGCU